ACUUAUCUAUAGUUAUUAUUUAUGGCUCCGAAAUCUGAAAAUGUCCAAAAGUAAACAAUCUAAUUGUUGUAUGCAGAAACUACAGAAAUAGCUAUAAACUUGAUUAUUUAGAUUAUUGUGCGACAUUUGAUAAGUUACCUAUUAAAUACUAUAUACUAAUAUAUAGUAUUUUGUAUCUAAUACCUAUUAAGGUGUACUUUGUAAAGUACUUCUGGUACUAGGUGUUCAUUUUAUUCAUUUUGGUUUAAUAAAUUAUACUAUUAUAGCUAUACCGAAGUACGCCGAUUGCUGGACAACAGAUCAAUAUUUUAUCUACAUGCGUAAUUCAUAAAUAUUGGUCCUUCUAAGUUUUUAUCUCUAUUUAAAACAUUAACUACAGUCAUAAACAUGGACAAUUUACGCAAUGAAGUCAUUAUAAAAGUUAAAGAAGCAAUACGAGCAAAACUCAAAGAAAUGAAUGCAAAUAGCAGUGAUGAGAUAAUUGAUUAUAUUAUGUUGUUAGUUACUACAAAAAAAUCUAGCUCUGAAUUGGCUAAAAGUAUUGAUUUUGUGAUGGAGAAUAAUACAACUGUUUUUGUGAAAUGGUUGUCAACAAUUAUUAAAAAAUUGCAACAAGUAACUGUUAGUACAACAAAACAAAUUGUAUCAGAUAAUUUUCAAACACCCGAAGAAAGUAUAACGACCAAUGGAAAAAAUGAAAGUGAUAAUAUUUUAUUAUGUGAAACUAAUGAUAUAAAGUUAGAUAAUACAGAUGAAGUAAAAGAAGAACUUAAUUUAAGUGUUGAUGAUGGAAAUAUAGAAAAAUCUAAUCAAGAAAAACAUAACAAUUAUUUACCUGAAUUAAAUGUAUCUAAAUCGGAAAAGUAUGAUGAGAAUAUAAUAUCUUCAGCAUCAGACAAAGUAAAACCAAAAAUAUGUUUCUCAUCGAUAGAAGCUACUAAGACUAAACAUAACAUACUGAUAAAUAAAAAAGACAUUGCUAUAAAACCUAUACAAAAAAUCCAUCCUACAAUUUAUAUUAAUUCUAAUGUAUCAAAACAAAAUAAUAUCAAUCAUAAUGAAACAGUUGAUGGUAAACGAAAGAGACCUCGAAUAUCUAUAAAUAGUGACAAUGAAGAUGAGAAGACUUGCAUGUCUAAACUUCCUAUUACUACCAAUGAAACAAUCAAAGAUAUUGCAAAAGAGUUACCAAAAAAAAUUAACAAAAAAACCAUGUCUCAAGUUAUAGUUGUUAAUACUCAUUCCAAUAAUAAUUUCAAUGAAACUAGAAAGAAACUAAAUAUGCAUGAUUUAAUUGUACAACGUGUUGAUCAUCAGCGUGGUGCUUUGGCUUUGGAUACUGCAUUCAAGUAUAUUCAGCAACAAAUUGGUGCAACAGAAAAAGAAAUUGCGGUUAUAAAAAAAUGGAGGGAUUAUGCUGUAGAUAUGUUACGUCCCAGCAAGAAUCAAUAACAUUUUAUUCGAGAUAUUUUUUCAAAUGUAUUUUUUCAAUAAUAAAUUAUUUUUUCAUUGAAAAUAAUUGUUUCCAACGUUAGUUUAAAAGUACCAAUUUGAAUUUUAAAAUAAGUCAAUAUCUUUUUUACUGUUCCACAAAUAAGUAAAAACCACUUUAAAAAUCUAAAUUAUUAAAACCAUCAAUUUUAUAUUUAUUUAGUUAAAAGUGUCCAAUGUAUUAGAUAUUUAUUCUAAGUUAAGUAUCAGCAAGUAUUAUAAUAUAUCAUUAGAUUAUGUUGUAUAUUAGUUUAUCUAUAAUCCUUUGUAAAUAAUUAGUGACCUGAUAUUUUAAAAAGACUGAAAUCUAGAAAUAAUAUAUUUUUUAAUUUAGAUGUUUGCAUUCAUUUAUGCAAGCAUCUAGUUUUAAGAUUGUAAUUUAAAUUGUUCAUAGUUUAUUAAUUUGUAAGACUUAAAUAAUAUUAAUGAAAAAGGUAUAAAUAAAACACUUUACAAAUUGUAUAAUAAUAAGCUA